GGCGAUGGGCAAGCGUGUGCGCGUGCGCGCGCGGUGGAGCGGGACCGUCUGCAGCCGCCCAGGCUCAGGGCGUCCAAAAUCCAGUGAUCGCCUCUCAAGCUGGCUGGGAGAUUUGGGCCAUCCGAGGCCGAGGUUCCUUGGGAAGACUGCCUGGACACCAGGUUUCCAAGAGCUCAUGGAUUGGAAUAAUUGGAAUAUCUGUUGACCGCUUAUUUCCUGCCAAACAGCCGGAUAUUCGUUUCCUGAUUUUCGCCUUGGUUUCGUCUCUUUUGAAGAAGUUAUGGUGCCACUGACCGAGAAAUCCUAACCAUGAGCGCGGGCGUGACUGAAAAGACCUACGUUUGGCCGACUCCGUUUCCCACAACUUCCAGCAAUGCCAAAUGAGAAUAACUCUGUGAAACAGAAAAGCGAUUUCCCUCCUUCUCUGCAAUGGUUUACUCGAUCACACAAGAAAAUGAAAAGACCCUCUUUGUUAUUAAAAGGCACUCUCAAAUGUGUACUAUUAUUUGUGAUUGGAGUGUACAUCCUUUACAUCCUCAAGUUUAAUUAUAGCCCCGAAGAAUGUGACAUGAAGAAAGUGCCCUAUGUAGAUCCUGAUCGAGUGAAGCGAGCCCAGAAAUAUGCCCGGCAAGUAUUACAAGGGGAGUGUCAGCCCUCUUUUGUGAAGAAGGGAAUGGACAGAUUAUUUAAAGAGAAGUAUAGUUUGGGACUGUCACCUUUUGUAAAGCAAAACUCAGAAGAGAAUGAAGCUGCGUAUCAAUAUGAUCCCCCGUUUGGAUUUCGCAAGUUCUCCAGAAAACUUCAAAAUCUUUUGGAACUUUUACCCGAACAUGAUUUGCCAGAACACUUGAAAACGAAGAGCUGUAAACGUUGUAUUGUUUUAGGAAGUGGUGGAAUUCUUCAUGGAUUGGGACUGGGCCCUACAUUGAAUCAGUUUGAUAUUGUUAUAAGGCUAAACAACGCACCAGUCCAGGGGUACGCAGAUCACGUGGGGAAUAAAACUACGAUAAGGAUGACGUAUCCAGAGGGAGCUCCGCUUUCUGACCAUGAGUAUUAUUCAAAUGGACUAUUUGUUGCUGUUUUAUUUAAGAGCGUUGACUUCAACUGGCUACAAGCAAUGGUGAAAAACGAAUCUGUGCCACUGUGGGUGCGACUGUUCUUCUGGAAGCAGGUGGCAGAGAAAAUUCCACUACAAUCCAAACAGUUUAGAAUUCUGAAUCCAGUGAUCAUCAAAGAAACAGCCUUGGAUAUACUUCAGUAUCCACAGCCACGAUCAAAAUUCUGGGGUUGGGAUAAGAAUGUGCCCACAAUCGGGGUUAUUGCGGUUGUCCUGGCCACCCACUUGUGUGAUGAAGUGAGCCUAGCGGGUUUUGGAUAUGACCUCAGUCAACCCAACACACCCUUGCACUAUUUUGACACUCUCUGCAUGGCUGCGAUGAAUGGACAAACUAUGCACAACGUGACAACAGAAACCCAAUUUCUCCAGAAACUGGUUCAAGAAGACAUUGUGAAAGACCUCAGUGGAGGAAUUCAUUGUGACUUUUGUAAAAAGGAAAGCGAACAAUCUAAACGGAAAACGCCUUCGGGAAUCUGACUCUACCAGCCCGUUGGAUGACAUUAUUCUCAAUCAUUUUCACGCUGCGGACAUUUUUGAAGAACAGCUGGUCUCUGUUUCUGUAACUUUAUUGAAGUGUUCACUUCUUUUUUGUGUGUGUUUUUUAAUUUAUUUGAGUCCAGGGUUUGUUUUUGCACAACCUUUUGGUGAGUUAAUUAUAAGCACUCUAUCGAGUAGGAAAUAUUUUGGUUUUCUUAAAGCGUAUAAGUGAUAAUGUUUUAUUCUAUUUUAAGAUAGUAAUUUAAUUUUUUAUCUCCUGUCUCUAAACUGCGUAUAAUCCCAAGUGUCUGAAGGAAGAAGACAUGGCCACCCUUUCCCGUCACAGUUCUGCAAGACUGUUUUCCCCAUAUAAUUUGAUUUGGGUUGUACAAAUUCCCAAAAUGCUGUGGCUCUUCCAAGGUCACAUCAGGUUUGUUUGCCAUUUUUGAGUUCCGCAGUGCUCUUCCAAUUUUUAAGUGAUGAAAAAUGCUACAGUCUUAAAAAUCUUCCAUACCCUUUUAUGGCAUUUAGUACAAAAAUCUCUUGCACACAUAUAUUUUGCAGUGAAACAACUUUGGGAGAACUUCUGCUUUGUGCUGCAGCUUACUUUAAUGAAGCUGUGAGUUGCUGAGUAGAUUUUAAUAUCUAUUGGUAAAAAGAGCAGUGUUUAUUCGCAGUAAAAAACACUGCUGCUUUAGUGUCAGUUCUGCGAUUGGGACCUCCUAACACACAACAAUAGUGGAAGAAAUAGCUUUGCUUUUAUCAAUUGACUAAAGGCAGGAACCUAAGAGGUCCCUAGAAAAUAACUUUGGGGACUAAUGUGUGAGGACCUGAAUGUUUAGUUUCUUGACUUUUUAAAUAACAUUUGAGUCUAACUUUUACAGAGGAAACCUAAGUUUUCUAUGGAUUGGUGUGCUGUCUUGUUCGUUGUUUUUUUUUUAAUCUGAACUGGAUUCUCUUUAUUCCAAAGUGGAAUAAAUUAAAGUAGAAAAGAAUGAAAUAAUGGAAUUUUAAAGGCAGAGUGAAAAAACAAACUUGUUUAUUCUGGAAUAUACUGCAAAGCUUUGGGAUUUUACACAAUACCAAGAAUAGUGUAAUUCUCUCCCUGAACUGUUCACUUUUUCCAGAAAUCUAUAGAAAAAUCUAUUAAAAAUAUUAAAGUUGUGAGUCAGAAGCAGGACAAAGAACCAUGAGUUGUUUUUUUUAAUCAUUGUUCACGGUUUUUAGAUUUGCAUAAUUGCUUCCUCUGCAUUCUAUCAUUUCCAUUGCCUUGUAUGGUGAAUCAGAUGCUGAAAUAGUGCAAAUCUGGGGAAAAGGGAUUUUCCCCAUGUCAAAUACGUUUCUCUGUGAAAAUUACUUUUGAAUCUUUAUACGAUGAUGGCGUAGCACUUUAAGAUUUAUGUAAAACCUAGUCCCUUGUUAAACCUUGUACACGGUCUUGUUUUGACUGGAAAUAAGAGUAACACAGAGAAAAUGGCACUUCAGUUCAUCCGCAAGAAUUAACCGCUAGUUCUGGGGAGUUGAUCUUUUGAAUAGUUAGAUCUGAUUUGAGUAAAGCCAUUGCUUUUUGUGAUCAUUUAAAUGCAUUUGAAACAUAUGCUCUCUUAGUAUGAAAACGUGUCAUUACUGGUGAUAAAGCAGGAAGAAUGGGGCUAAGCGACUCUGUGACAUUCCGGCAUUCACUUUGAUUUUCAAAGUGAAAAAAUUUCUGGUGAAGAAUCACAUUUUUAAAGAUGGGAUGUAUCAAGAAAAUAGCAUGUAAGAAAGCAUGUCCUCAAAUCAUCUCCCCUUAGGAGUUCAUCUCAAGUUUAAGUGGUAUUGUGUAUUAUAGUUUUGAUUGCAAGAUCUGCCAACCAUUGGAGUUAUCUAGUAUACUGCAAACAUUGUGAUGAAAACUUGUUUAUACACCCAGGUGUCCAUGUCUUAGCAGCAAUAGUAUUAAAAACCUGGUUGUUUCUUUAUAAUUUGGAGCAGACGUUCCAAAGCGCAAUAUAUUUCUGUUCCAUGGAGUAUCUUGGGCUUCCACAUUCAGCAGAAAAGAAGUUUGAGAAAGCGUGUAUCGUGAGAAUAUGGUGAAUUAAUUUAAAACGUAGAUCAGGCCGUACUGGAAAGAAGCCCCAACUACAGUCAGUAUUAGGGAUGUGUAAUAUGACAGAGAAGGAUAUGUGAACAAGAAACUAAAGCCAGCCAGCACUAUCAACCAAGUGGGAAUUUGCACUGACUAAUCUUUCCCCAUGGCACUUGUUAUUGGAAACGGACUGCUCUGAAAAUAAAUGUGAAGUUAAGAGAAAA